GAGCUCGGGAAAACGUCGAUACACACCUCCUCCUUCUCCCCCUCCUCACUUCGCCCCACUUCGCGGCAAUUGUGUCCCAGCUCCGUCGUGCUAUCCGCUACAAAACACUGGUGUUUCCCGAGGCAUUUUUCCAGCGGAUUAAACGAAGCUAGUCAGAAAUGGGUAAUGAAAGUUCGAUGCCCCUGGAACUCUGUUCAAACUUUGACGUGGACGAAAUCAGAAGACUGGGGAAAAGAUUUCGGAAAUUAGAUCUGGAUAAUAGCGGCGCUCUCAGCAUCGAUGAAUUUAUGUCCUUGCCUGAGUUACAACAAAAUCCGUUGGUACAACGUGUUAUCGACAUAUUCGACGCGGACGGCAAUGGAGAAGUAGAUUUUAAGGAGUUCAUUCACGGAGUGUCUCAGUUCAGUGUUAAGGGUGACAAAGAGAGCAAAUUACGAUUUGCUUUUAGAAUUUAUGAUAUGGAUAAUGAUGGUUACAUAAGUAACGGGGAGCUUUUCCAAGUGCUAAAAAUGAUGGUCGGCAAUAACUUGAAGGAUACACAAUUACAGCAGAUUGUUGACAAAACAAUAUUGUUUGCUGAUAAAGAUGAAGAUGGCAGGAUUAGUUUUGAGGAAUUUUGUUCUGUUGUUGGUAAUACGGAUAUUCAUAAGAAAAUGGUAGUUGAUGUUUAAGCUCCAAAUUCGCGCAAACAAAACUCUUAAUUUACAAUACAUGGUACAUUAAUUGAAAUCUACAAAUUCAAUAUUAACAACAGAUUUAUGGGAUAGUUCUAAGUAACAAAGAUCUGUUUAGAGUGAAUUCACGUCAUUAUUGUUCCAAAGCCUUUAAUCAUUAUGAGUCUGUCCAAGAGACAAAAAUUCACAAGGUAUGUCAGACCAAAUGCAGCACGAAUAUUAGGUCAGUAUGAAGCACACAUGUCUUGUAUUGUGUGCUAAGGAAUGUUCUGGAAUCAGAUCAAACUGUCUUGAGUGUUUUUUCAAUGACAAAGAACAAAAGAGCAACGGAAUGGUUACAACGUGCAAUUUGGUAUUUUAUAUUCAAUACUGAACUAAAAGUUUUCGAAAAUUUUUUUUUUUUUUUUUUUUUUCAAAAGUUUAUCAAGCGCCUGCUGGAGGGAACUUUGCGCAUAAUUUAUACCUUCCAUUAGUAACACUCUUAGUGAGGAAGCACGAAAGUAAAGUCAAGAACGUCACCAUGCCAUAAACUUGUCGUAUUUCCUUCGCUGUACAAAAAGGAGUAAUCGUUAACAUUGUCAUUAAUAGGUUAACAUUAAAGAUUUUAUUCGAUAGCCACGGCGAGUCCGUGGUUACUAUUAUUUUAAGCUAUUAAUAUUUUACAAAUGUUAUAGAUAAUUCGAUAUACUUCAUAUUACGUUUACUUACAAUAUAAACAAUAAUCAUUGAUUGUGCAUUCGAAAGAGGGAUACCUGGGGAGAAAAUUGUGUGGAUUCGUAAGCAAAGAUACUAAUUAUUUAAGUCGCACCACUUUGUUGGCCGUUGCGUGUAUAAGUUAUGUAUCGACAUGGGAUGUUUGUAAUUUUCGAGAGUGUACGAUUUAUUUAUUUAGAUAUUAAUUUAUUCAUGCGCGAGUAGCGAGAUGAUUUGCCAUUACGAAAUGUAUGGAGGUAUAUGUAACGGAUAAGAGUUUAUUUUAUCUUUGUUAAUUCUAUGUACACGUACGAUGUUAUAUGAUCUUAUCGUGUCUAAACUUGAAAAUUGUGAAAUAUAUAUUGAAAUUAAUCUCUGUACAGA